AUGGAAUCAAAGCGAAGUCGCAAGCAGCGAACCGACAUCAAUGGGACUCAUGUUGACGCCCAUCUCUAUGAUGAACACGGUCUGAAGAUUUUGGCCCACCUAGAGCGCACUCUUCUGUACGAGCUCCCACUGGACUUCUUCGCACCAGCUGCCAUCUCCUACUGCGAAGAGCUCGGCAAAGCGGUUUCCAUGAGCGAAAUCGAGGGCAAGCUCAUGCUUUUCUGGUCCCAUUGGCGCCCCAGAGGGAAAAAUCAAGAGCAUUGGAGAGAACUCUAUCAAUUGGGGCUCAAAGGGCUGCCAGGUCUCGCCCAAGACAAGGCCGAACGGAUCAGGAAGUGGGCGAUUGAGUUGCAAGAUCACCACGGAACUCCACGGCGCCUAAGAAGUACUUCAGUAUUACCGCCAGCUCUCCGCAGUACACCUAAAAGACCACCAGAGCGCCUGGUCGGAGUUCCGGCAUGCAGUCGAGUUCAAAGAAACCGCCAAUAUGAUGAGUCCCCAAAGCCAAAGAGAAUAAGGACAAGGCCGACAUCAGUGUGUGCUAGCAGUACGGUGAUCAAACGAUCGACCUCUCCUUCUCCUCCAGCAACGAGACAGCUCGACGUCGCUCUCAAGAACUCGCGUGGCCACGAGGGUAAUUCGAGUGUUGAUGUGUCGUUCCAAACACCCAGUCCACCAGUUUCUGAACGAGCAUCCCCAACAAGCGAUUUUCGAGAAUGGUCUCAGCGGCACCACGUCAAUGCCGCCGAUUUGAACAAUGAAUUGGUUACAACAAACCAACCAUGCCUCUCCGGAACGCCCCUUACGGAACUUGAACGUCGCCAUCUCUGUGAGAUGAAGUCGGCAUUGGACGACAUGACAAGUCAAAAAGCACGUUUGAUGUCGGAACUGGACAUCGUCAGAAGUGAAAAGGCUCAGAUGACGUUGGACUUAGGCGAGCUGAAAAUUCAAGCCAUCGACGAUACCCGGCAUUGGAAGCGGCUGUAUCACAAAACCCGCAGACGGCGAGAUUCCCUCAAACGCCGCAACAAACACAUCCAAGCAGAACUCUUCGCAUCAACCACGGGCAAGACGAGCAAGACCAACUUGAAACUCCGCCGCGAGAACGACCUCCUGCAGGAGAAGUUAGACAGCUUCCAGGCCACGUCCCAGUUUGACAAGCCGUUUAGCGAGAAUUUUCGCGCCCGGAAUACGGAAAAGGUCAUCGACCACGUGGAUUCGCUCCGGUCGAGACUCUUCAAACUCUUACAAGGAGACGAUGUCUCGUUCGCCCUAGAGAGGCUGGACGGCGUCAGUGACUGUCCCCUUGCGAUGCUCUUUCGAAGGGCGUUUGGCUUGGAUGCCACCGUUGAUGCCUCUGCCGGAAAUUUUAUUCCCACCGCCGAGCUCUGCACAUCCACGUUACAGGCGGUUGUCCUGAGUCUUGUUUCUGCAGCCAUCUGCGUAUGGGUGCUUGAGGCCGAGGUAGGGGCGCUUUUCCAGGAGAAUGAUCUCUUCUACUCGAAGCAGCAAAGCCUCCUGGCUACACAAGACAUCAAACUCGCAGACCGCCUUCAAUAUGCUGCCCUCGAAAAGUGCGUUGACGACCCUUCUAUAUACGACUUGGCGAUCCCAAGACGAGCACGAUCCCUCGCCAGGCGGACUCUUGACUGCAUCAAGCCUCUACUAGAUGCACACAGAAACCUGGACGAGCAAUAUGCCGAUGCUGCGGAUGAAUGGGUUGACGACGAACAGCAGCUGAUCGAGAUCUUCAAACAGGCACUGUACGCGAAAGUCAGGCUCCUCUUGACCACUGAUGUGUACAAGUGUGUCCUUCACUGGCCGGGGACGUCCCUUGACAGAGUCAGCAUGGAGGGCAGGAGAGGCGGCGUCAAUGACACGGAAAGUGAGCCUGAUGCAGUGGGUUCGGUUGCUGGAGCCCUGCGCCUGAUACCCGUCACAUUGCCGCAACCCGUCCUCGGUUCAGAAGAGCUUCAGGUGGUCAUGGAGCAGCCGGACGAGAGUUUUAAGCACGCUACAGUUGAACGCAUUGAGUUGAUGAAGGAUCUUGGCAUCUCAUUCGAAGGACGUAUUCAACCAGAAAAAUGGGGAGAGUAUGCCCCGAUAUUCGAAGAAAUACGUCGCAUUGGCGAGCUGAGACCCAAAGAUUUCAUCGAAAAGUUCCCAUCGAAUCAUGACUAUGCCGUCGACAAAGGAUACAAAGCUAUGAGGCUGAGCGAAAAGGCAUGGACUUGCCUGGAAAUCAGGGAUAGCGAGUACGGUUGGAGAAAGGAAGUUGAAUUCCGGGCUUUCGAAUGUUUCGACUCCGAAGUCAUAUGUCGUAUCUGCCGGAAGCGCCCUUGGAAGCCAAUGUUCGAGGCGAAGCCACUCGACCCAGCCGAAGCCGAGAGGCUUCAAAGAAGACGGCAAAAACGACUCCUAUGUACAUGUACUCGCCUGGAGCAGACACAAACGCAAGAGACUGACCAAUAUUCUCGGCUGUUUUCCAGAGAGCUCGAUAAGACCAUUGACCACGAGGACAUGACAGAACACGUGAAGAAGCGCUUGAGACAACAAAGACCUGACAGGGUGAUUGGUCUCCGGCCGACUGGCACUUUGCGGCAUCAUAUUUCGUCUCUGCGGGCCCGAUGUUGCCCGUUUAAAAAGGCCAACGUCGUCUAUCCUUUUAUCGUGAUCGAAGCAAAGGCCGCCGAAAACAGCAAUUUCCCCGCCAUGCUACGACAGACAGCUUUCGUCAUGCGGACAUGUCUUCGCUUGCAGCAGAACCUCCGACGAGAGACCAGGAUGCCACACCAGUGUCUCGUCUGGUCAUUCUUAAUCCUGGGGGAAGAGUGGCGUCUCUAUGCUGCUGUGCCGGAUGGUCUUGGUGUGGUCAGUACCGGGAAUCACUCACUCAAAUGCGUCCACGCGGCGCUAACUUUGAAGCAGCAGAUUUUUGACCUCUGGCACGGAACAGUACUCUUCCCAGAAGGUGCCCUUCAACUGCUGUUGAUCAUUGAGUACCUCUGUGACUGGGGUUGUGAAGUCUAUCGAACGAGCGUUCUUACCUGCUUGGCUGGUGGCAGAGAUAGCUUUCUCAGUUCCAGGCUCAGUCCCAGUGGUACCGAUAUAUCCUCACAGCUUAGUGAAACAGGUCUUACAAGCUCACGAGCAAUGUCGCUUCCCUCGAGAGCAUCCUUGACGCGGGAGCUCCUUAACGGCGACGCAAUCGGAACACCUAUAGAGACAUCCCCUAAUCCCCUGGAAAUCGAACCCUUGCUUCAGAUCGACGACGCCACCUUGUUGGACGGACAAGAUGUUCAUCACUGGCGGCGAUGGGUUGCGAAUGAGCAAGAAUCGGGCUCAUGGGUCAGCAAAGCAACCAUUAGGCACUCCAACCAAGUGGAGCUGAGCUUUUUACAAAUGACGAUGCCAGCUGAAGUUGAUCUCCUCCGAGUCUUCUUGACAUCUUGGUUCCCUGCCUUGACGCUCAAAGAAGCUGCAAGAAAGCUCCUGACUUCCCUGCAAGAUGAUAAUUUGGCGGUGACAGCUUCCGUGAAAGCCACUUCCUGGCAAGAAAACCAAGUGAACAGGUUCACCCUCGAGGUCCGAGCUUUGGUGUAUUUUCGAUCAGCGUUGAAACCCGAAAACUGGGAGAUCGCACGGCACGUGCUGGCCAUUUUGUGCGACCCCAAGGCGCUGAAAGGGCUUUGCGAGAUCGCAGAACUCAACCCCAAUGACCAGCCGACCUCCGACAGAUGUGUAGACGCUGAUUGUGAGCCAUUCAAGCAGGCGAUCAACUGGGUAAAAGCCGUGGGAGGGACGACCUCAGCAGGACUGGCCCUGAGGCGGCGUCAACUCUACCUGAGGUCUGUCAGUAACAAUGAUGGAUCUUCGAAGUUUGAGUGGAUGAUAUCCCGUCCGGAGCAAGAGGGUGGAGUAUUGGAGCAUCUCUUGGAGAGGAUAUCACAGACUUCUGAAAGCUGCGAAGAGGGUGUACCAGAGAUCCUGACACCAUACAUCAAGAGAUUCCGGCGCACAUACAUCGUUCCACAGGGGCGUGAUGAGCAAGGACCACCGGCAACGGCUCUCAAGAUCCCGGACCUCCGAACAUCCGGCGCGUUGAUCAAGAAACCGACCACUGGCUGGCCUGAAGAUACGCAGGACUUCUGCUUCUUGAUCACGAACGACAAUGUCCGGUUUGACGACAUAGCCAAGCUUGGGCAGCUGCUGGAAGAUACCAGAAGGGCGAAAGAAUUAUACGUGAUUGUCAGGAAGAAAGCUACGUACCACCAGGGAGACCUGGCGCUCAUCGAUUGGUGGAUCCGGGUCUUGAAGAACCAGUCACCUUACGACACAUUCUUCGAGUAG